ACGCUUAGCUGUAUGGUAGAUUAAUCUGAAGACUAUUCAUGGUUGAUGGUUGAAGAUCAUCAUGGUGAAAUUAGAGUUCUCCAAAUAUGGCUGGAGCACUUCGUAACCCUAAUAUCAUCACUCCAUGAAACACUAGUUGAUGGAGGAUUUUGGGCACAUAGGUGCACAAUCGUUCAAAAAUACCAAGUGUUGCAGGCUUAUUUUUUUUUCACGGUCCCUUCCUGAUAAGUCCCAAAAUACUAUCCCUAGGAUAUUAAAUGUGAGAACCGAGUCUAUUUUUUUGCCCACCAAUCGAUAAUGAUGAAAGAACAAGCUCCUCCACGGUACGGUCGUUUUGGAUCAAACGGGAUCCUUACUAGGAACAUAAAACUCGAGACCAUCUCUUUGGAACCUUGAACGCCUCGUGGUUGAUCGCCUUUUUCGAGUUUUAAUUUCUUCAACCUUGUGCUAAAUAGAAAUUACAACCAAAAAUGGGAGACUCCUCUAUCUUUCCAGGCAUAAACACCUUCACUCUAAAACGUGAUUGAUCAAGAACCAAAAUGGCCAAGGACGACCCCCAAGGUUGUUGCCAGCACGUCACUGCAGGAUCAUCCACAACUCAGACCCUCUUCGAAAUGGAAUUCGAGCGGGGCAUUUGGAUGGCGGCCAUAGAAAACAAUCUGCCAAAGUUGAAUGAGAUGAUUGUCAAGGACAAAAGCUGUGUUAACGCUAGAGAUUCGUCGGACUAUACAGCCUUGCACUAUGCGGCUAGGGCCGGUUUCUUGGAAAUCAUGACGGCCUUGCUUGACAAUGGAGCAAACCCCAAUGCACAAACAGCUUCCGGCAAAGUUACCCCCUUGCAUAGAGCGGCAUACAUGGGACACAUUGAAGCCAUCAAACUAUUGACUAGGUACGAAGCUGAUCCAAAUUUGAGAGAUUCUGACGGCAAAAAUGCUCUCCAUAAAUCGUGCGAAAGGAAUACAAAAAAUGCUGUGGAAUGCUUUCAUUAUUUGGCUGAUAAUUACCCAGAGCUAAGGAACGCAAAAGACUGCAAAGGGCGUGGUUGUUGCAAACCCGCUGUUUGAAUUGCUUCAUUCGUUCAAUCGAAGAGGUCUAAUCAUGAGUGGAAACCAGUUCUUUGGAUGUCAAACCUUUCUGUGAAUGAUCGUUCUGUUCGGAACAAACAAUGUCCCUCUGAAAUUCGAGUAGGAUC